AUGGACAUCGAAUAUGGCGGUUCGAGGAGUUUUAAAAAAUAUAUGAUGAAAAAAGAGGAGAAAAUCCCCUUAUCCUAUAACAAAAAAUAUAAUGCAGAAAUAGGCGAAAGUUAUGACAGUACAAAAAAAGGUUCAUUGUUAUUUAUGAACUGUAAUUUUUACAUUGAUGAUUUUGUAAGUUUAUUUUCUCUAUAUAACUCAUCAUCAUCAUUAGAGUUAUGUGAUGAUAUGAGUAGCAUGCAAGAGACGGUAAUCCAUCCGAGUGAACAAAAACAAACAGAUUAUUCUAAUGAAUCAAAUUUUUAUAUAAAUGAUGCUAAUGACAAAACUAUUGAUAGAUAUUGUACUCCUAUGAAGAGUCAGGAUAGAUCAAGCACUUGUUAUGACUAUGAGAAAAGCGAUCAUGAAAAAAUAUAUUAUUGGAGUAUAUAUAAAAAGAAUAACACGAAUAAGGAGGAGGAAAUAAUGAAUAAGACACCUAUUAAAAGCACAUAUAACGAAACAAAUACAAUAAAUAGUAAUACAUGUAACAACAAUUUUGAUAAUUUUAUGAAAAGUUAUCAAGACGUUUCUUCUUGUAAACGAAAUAUACAUGCUUCUUAUAUUAACAAAAAAGAGCAGUUAGAAAUUUUAAUAGUACAAAAUGGAGGAAUUAUACAUAAUGCAUUAACAAGUAAGGUCACACAUAUCAUCAGUAACAACAUGGCACUAGGUUCUAAAAAAUAUAUGGACUAUAAAAAGGCAGUGAAAAGGUCCAAAGUGUUUAUAGUUGUAGACAAAUAUAUAUUCGAUUGUGUUACUUUUAGGGCCCGUUUGCCUGAGCAGUCGUACAUACCGUCCCUAUUGCGUUAUAAUUCGCAUCAAAUAACAGAGUAUUUUUCAUUUAAGGGUAGGAGGAGCAAUGAGAGGAAAGUGCAAAUAGGGGAAGAAAAAAACCAAUGCAGUGAACACAUAACUGCGCAAGGUCAAAAGGAACAAACGGAACAGACGCAAAGCAGUAGUCCCUCUUCGACCCCUUGCGAGAGGAGCAGCAGUACGAUAGAUUCAAUAUGUAAAGAACGGCUAAUUGAUGAUAAUUAUGUGCAUCAGUAUAACGAAAUGAAUGGCUAUUCUAAGUGUAAAAGUAGCGUUAACUGUGAUAGUUCAGUGAACAGUUGGACUAGUGCGAGCAAUCAUGUUAUUAUUUAUUCGGGAAAGGACACACUCGAUAGUGGCAUAACUGCACGUGGAACAGUUGCAAGUGGCGUAGCUUCAAGCGCCAUAACUUCAAGCGGCACAACCGUAGGAAUACUGAGCAACGAGCUUAAAAAGACAAGAAAUAAUUAUGUGCAAAAUAACAAACAUUUACAAAUAUUAAAUAUGCAAAUGAACUAUGAAAAUUUAAAAAAGUACAUCGUAUACAACUCCACUGAAUAUUUUAAAAGGUUACAGAAAUAUUAUCUAGACAAAGAAUUGAAGGAAAAUGUUUUUACAAACGUGUCCGCAAAUUUACAUAUAAAUAAAAACAAUUUUGAAGAAUUUUGCAAAACAUAUAAAAUAUUAGAUCAUUUAAGUGAGGAAGAAAUCAAAUGGAUUAAACACAAAAGUGAGCUAAAUAUAAAUAUACAAAAUGUUUGGGAAAAUGAUAUAAUUCAUUUUUUUUUCGACAUUGCUUUAAAAAAGAGAAGAAACUAUGGUAGUAGUAGUAGUAGUGGUGGUAGCAAAAGCAUGAUGAAUCCUCUACCGAGAGACAAAAAUGAAAUGAAUGUAGAGGAGAAAAAUAAAAGUGAGAGCAAUCAUCAAGAUAGUCUACAUGCCAUUCAUAGGGAAAACAUACCAUCGGAAAAACUCAUAGACAGUGUACACGAUUACUUCUAUAACUCUCGACUAUACAUUUUAGGUAACUGGAAUUACAUAUCUAGAGUAUUUUUUAAUUUUGAAGAUAUUAAGGAAAAGGAUAGCAGGAAAUUCGUUUAUUUAUACAUCGAUUUUGAUAAUUAUUUUUUGAAUGCAAGUCUAAAAAGUGCAAAUUUUUUGAAUUGCAAGAAAGAGAAUUUGGUGAGCGAAAUUUUAUGCGUAUGUCAUAGUUUAAAAAAAGAGGAAAGUUAUGGAAUAAUAAGUGCUACAAAUUAUUGGGGAAAGAAGAAUCGAAUUUUUAAGGGCAUGAUAAAAGGAGAAGUAACAAAAGUGCACAAGAAUAAUAUUCAUUUUAUAAAAUACGAUUUUACAAAUAUAUUAAAGAGUAGUUUUCUGUUUCUAUUAGUACUAAUAAAUUAUUCUAAAAAUGUUCGAGUACUAUCUGUAGAUGAGUCUAUACUUCAAUUAUUUUAUGAAAAUGAGCAAGACAUUUUUCUUAUUUCUAAACAAAUAUCUGAUGAUAUUUAUAACUUAACAAAUUUGACUGUCUCCAUGGGAAUUUCUAGUGACUUGGGUUUAUCGAGAAAAGCCCUAAAAUUUUGUAAAAAGCGCUUUCUCUUUUUCGAUUUCUACCAUCACUUGAGCAUAUUCAUUGGGAGGGAGCAGAAGCGGAAGAAGAAGUGGGCAUACAAUCUCGACAGUGGUUUCCAUCCCGACUUUUUUAAUAAAAGCACACCAGGAGGGGACACCCAGGGGGGAGCAAUAUCAGAUGUGGAAAUUCUGCCAAGAGCAUCAGAAGAAGGGGAAGAUGAAGCAAAUAACAAGCAGAAUAAUUAUGAGCACACAAGCGAGUUGCUUAACUAUGCAAGAAUUGAAAAAUUAUUUGAAGAAUAUAUCCUUUUUGAAGAAGAAAGGAAAGAAAUUUUAUCAAAUGCAAAUGAGGCAAAUGAGGCAAAUGAGCGAUAUACUGAGGAAGAAAAUAACUACUUCUUAAAUGCUAUUAGGGGAAAAGUGGAAAAAGAGGUUGACUUAAUUUUUGAUAAAUUUAUUCAAUUAAAUAAAGAUAAUUUAGAAGAUAUCAUAAAUACCUUUUUUGAAAGGGUUACACAUCCGAUAAGUAAAUAUUUUUUUUUUUAUAAAAAGAAUGAAUAUUACUUAGAGAUUUUGAAAAAAUUAAAUUAUUUAAGUGGAGAUUUUAUUUAUUUUAAUAUAUAUUACUUUCCUGCUCACACGGAACCAAAUUCAUCAUCAUUAGAUAGUAAUAAAAUGGAAGUGGUAAAAAAUGAAAAAAAAAAUGUAGACAAGUUUGAUGAAAAAAGAAGUAUAAAUAUUAGUGUAAAUUAUGGAGUUCGAUUUCAAAAAAUAAAUGAUUUUUAUUAUCUUAUAUAUUUUAUGACCAAACAAUUAUAUAUACGCUUAAAAAUAAAAAACCUCAAGGCGAAAAGUUUAAGCGUUCAUUUUUUCAUUAAAGAAGAAAAUGAAAAUGUAAAUCCUAUCAAAUAUUUAGGAAGAGGAAAGGUUAUUAGAAUAAGUACUAAAAUUAAAUUAAGUCAUUACACAAAUUGUUUUUUUGUAUACUUUUUUAAAAUUAUAUACAGUUUUGAUGUGUUAGCAAAUAAUUUAGCUGAGUUAAGAGGUGUUCAAAUUGUUUGUUCGGAUGUAAUAAAUCACGAUACACAUUGUAAUCAUAGUAAGAAAAGUAUUUUAUACUAUUUUAAUGUGAGCACUAAAGGGGGUAAAGUGAGUAUGCAAGAAAGUGAGGUGGUGGGAAGUGGGACGAGAUGUGUAAAUGGGUUGGCAAGGGAAGAGGAAAAGAAAGAACAAGGGAAAGGGGAAAGGAAAGGGGAAGAGAAAAAAGAAAGCAUCAUAAGGAAAAAUAAAAAAUGUCAUGAUAAUGCCCAUAUUACGGAGGAGAGAAAACAAGGGGGAGAGGAAGUUAAAAAAGGAACGAUGAGAAAGCCCAACAAUCUAAUGAACCAUAUUGUCAGUAAGAAGAAUAACAGUGGAAACAUAAACAAAAAAAAAUCAAUAAGUAGGAGUAUAAAUAAAAAAACAAGAAAGGUACGAAUUAGUUGCAAACCAGAUGAAAAGAGCUACAUUAACAGCUUUAGAAAUAUAAGAAAUAUCUUGAGCUACUUUUUAAAUACAUCCAUACAAAGAGGUGAUAAUGAGAAGAAUAACAAAAUAGCUAAUGGUAGGAAGCCUCCUAUUCCUUUUUCAUUUGAAAAUUGUGCACAUAGAAAUAUUCAAAAGAAAAAUUGCACUUUGGUGAAGAGAAAACGCGCCUCUAAUGCCGCUACCAUUCCAAAGAAGAUAAAAAUUACGAAAAAUUUUAAAAUUUAUGAUUUCUUCCCAAAUAUUAUAGUAAAGAAGAAAAAAGAAAACAAUAUUCGUUUGGACGAUAUGAGCAAAAAAUGCAUUAAUGAAAAUGUAAUAAUACAGACAAAUAUAUUCGACAGCAUAAUUAAUAGAAAAAUAAAAAAAGAAAAUCAUGUUAAGGAAGAAGUAAACUGUUGCUAUUUGUGUUACAUGGAAAUACGUGAAGACGUGAUGGAAAAACAAAAAAUAAAUCAUGAUAAUGAUAAUGGUAAUGGUAACGAUAAUGAUAAUGGUAAUGGUAAUGAUGGUGGUAAUAAUAAUGAUAGUAAUAGUAAUAAUUGUAAAGAGCAGUGCGCAAAUAACAUAUUUUGUUAUACGUACAUUAGCAAUUGUUUACAUUCAAUAAACCAGAAAAAUGAAAAAUUUGUUUUGUAUAUGUAUAUAAAAAAAAUAAUUUCAUCCUACAUUUCUUACUUUAAUAACGCAUUUCAUAAUCAUAAUUGUUGUAACAAAUUCGCAGAUCAAUAUUACUUGUACAAAUUUAUGGCAUAUGUUAUUGACAAUGUGUGUGAAGAACUGCACAGCAAAAGAUUUAUUGAUGUUUUGCACAUAUUUUUGAAAAAUUUCAAGUAUAUCUGGUGCUUAAAUAAAAAAAAAUUUCCUCCCUUACUUCAUAGGACUCUGAUAAAAUACAAUGUGCAGCAUCAGUUAAGUUCUUGA